CUUUUGCGUACUCCUUGGAUCCAGCAGCUAUUUUUCCGGAGUAUUUUCGAAAAGGGAAAAUCCUCUGCUAUGGAUGGAGCGAUACUGGAUCAGUGGUUCAUACUAUCUCAUCAGACUACAAAGGCUGUCUUCGUCUGAACACUAUAGCAAACGGCCAGGUGACUUAUUCAACCAGCAAAUCUUUGAUUUACCCUAUUGGAACCACUGCAACUCUUGUUUGUGACGAAGGUUACAAGAGUGGUGGACAAAGUGCUGUAUUGUGCGUAAAAUCUGGAUGGUAUCCCGCCAGUGGUCUUGGGUAUUGCGUGCGUCAAAAUG